AUGGCUCGGCGGGUGGUGCUCGCGGUUGCUGUCCUUCUCGGCUGCGGCAUGCUGAUGUCCGCUUUUGUGCCCUUCUCGCCGAUGGUCAUCCGCCCCGCGGAUCAGCAGCCUGCAGCGCUGGGAACGGCGAUGAUGCCUGACGACAGGAUUGUCCUGCCGAGUGGGUGUUGCAUUCUCCACGGUGAUUCCAAUGUCGCAAUAGCUGAAGGGCAGAACUGCAGCAGCAGCAGCAACAACCAGUCACUGAAAUUUUGUUUUACAUCUUGCAGGGUUCGAAUGCUCACCGCGUUGCUGGAUGGGGCAUCAAAGAGUGGCUGA